AUGUGUGUUCGCGACACCGGGCUGUCGGUCCGCGAAACGGUCCGCGACACCCAAGCCGCGCGGAGGCGCUCAUCGAUUCGCGAGGCGUCGCUCGUGCAGUUCUUCGACCCGACGCAAACCUCGGCGGACAACGGGAGCGCCACGGUUCUCUCAUCCGCCAUCAAUCUCUGCAACACGCUCAUGGGUACCGGCCUCCUUGCCAUGCCAGGGGUGAUGGAGCGCUCGGGCUGGAUUCCCGGGCUCGUGCUCAUGUUCCUCAUGUCGCUCGCCAACGCGUUCUCGGUCGAGGCGGCGGCCCGCGCCUCCAUCGUGAUCGACCUGGCCGUGGCGCUCAACUGCGUCGGCACGGCGUGUUCGUACGUCAUCGUCUCGACGGGCAACUUCGAGAUGACCUUUGGUGGGCCGCGCUUCCUGUGGGUGAUCGUGACCGUCGCCAUCGCGACGCCCAUCGCCUUCCUCAAGGACAUGGACUCGCUGAGGCACACCUCCUUCGCCGCCGUCGCCAUCCUCCUGUACAUCGUGCUCAUCAUCGUCUAUGCGCCGCUCGACCCGUGCGACAGCGACAAGGCCCAGCCCGAGUUCUGCCCGCCCGGCGACACGGCCGUCGUCACCGACUUUGUCGGCGCGCUCCGCUCCUUUGGCGCCCUCGCACGCGCCCCUUAG